CUUGCAAUUGCUUUCUUUUUAGUAGUUUCCAUUUUGGAGUUCCUUUUCAUUUCCCUUUUUUCAACUCAAAUCAUUACUAGUACUUCACAUUCAGUCACAGCAAUCACUUAUUGACUACUACUAUUUGGGGUUAAGCAACACUAGACUACAAUACAAAUUUGGCAGGUGUGAGAUUUUGAGCUAAGAUCAUGCAACGUUGACUCGUUGACUUUAGCAGCUUUUUCAGAUUCUUGAAAAGAUUUAUUAUGCUUUUUCUUCUGGUAUUUGCCCUGUUUAGGGAAAGUGGGUAGCUUAAAGAUAGAUUCUUGAUGCUGUUAAUAAGAAAAGGGUGCUGAAAAACAGUGAAAUUUUCAAUUCUCUCAUUCUCAACUACUCAGUUCAAGCAUAUUUUCUGAGGCUGUGGGCUAAGAACACAUAGCGUUGACUUAUUGACUUUAGCAAUUUUGCCUGAUUUCUUGAGGGAUGAAUUUUUGCUAGUAAAUUACCAAGAUUAAGUUGGACUAAAUGGAGAGCGGAAACGAGCUUUCGUCAUCCUUGAGUUUUGCUUCAUCUUCUUAUGUAUCGAACGGUUGCAGUAGCCCCCAAGAACCAGGACCAAAUCUUGAUCUUUUGAGUAAUCUAAGUGGCAGUCUUGAGAAACUCCUGCUUAAUCCUGAAUAUGACUACAGCGAUGCAGAAGUAGUCGUUGAGGGGAUUAGUGUUGGCGUUAAUCGCUGUAUCUUAGCUGCACGAAGUCAGUUUUUCCACGAAACGUUUAAGAAGCACAAUGAGAAUACCUCAAAAGAUGAAAAGCCUAAGUAUUUGCUUAAGGAUUUGGUGCCUUUUGCCUCAAUUGGCUAUGAAGUAUUCUCGGUCUUCCUGAAUUAUUUGUAUACCGGAAAGAUUAAACCUUCUCCUCCAGAAGUUUCAACUUGUGUUGAUAAUGUGUGCGCUCAUGAUGCUUGUCGCCCUGCCAUUAAUUAUUUCAUGGAACUCAUGUAUGCUUCAUCCACCUUUCAAAUCAACGAACUCAUUAUGGUUGUAGAGCGCCGUCUUGUCAACUUCAUCGAUAAGGCUACUCCAGAGGAUGUAAUUCCCAUACUUUUAGUUGCCUUUCACUGCUCAUCUAACCAGCUUCUUGAGCACUGCAUCCAGAGAGUGACACGAUCCGAUCUAGACAAUGCUACUCUUGAGAAAGAACUCCCUCAUGAAGUUUUGACUGACAUAAAAACAAGGCGCCUCAAGUCUCGACAAGAACUUGAACAUGAUUCGAUAGAAGUGGACUCCUUGAGUGAAAAGAGAAUUAGGAGGAUUCUGAAGGCUCUGGAAUCCGACGACAUUGAAUUGCUUAAGUUACUUCUUGAAGAGUCUAAUGUCACUUUAGACGAUGCUUGUGCUCUUCAUUACGCAGCUGCCUAUUGUAACUCCAAGGUUGUGAAUGAGGUCCUCGAGCUGGAUUUAGCUGAUGUCAAUCUUCAGAAUUCCCGAGGAUAUAACGUCCUUCACAUUGCUGCUAGACGAAAGGAGCCAUCAAUAAUAAUGGGACUACUCGAAAAAGGAGCAUCUGUCUUGAAUACUACACGGGAUGGAAACACAGCACUAUCAAUCUGUCGGAGAUUGACUCGGCCAAAGGAUUAUAAUGAGCCAACGAAGCAAGGGAAAGAAACUAAUAAGGACCGCAUAUGCAUUGAUAUUUUGGAGAGAGAGACGAUUAGGAAUCCUAUGGUUGGGAUCAUGUCUUCGUCAUCAUUGGUGUUGGCUGAUGAAUUACUCAUGAGGUUGCUUUUAUUUGAAAAUAGAGUGGCAUUGGCGCGAAUGUUAUUUCCUCAUGAAGCCAAGCUAGCUAUGGAAAAAGCACAUGCUAAUUCGACGUUGGAGUUUACUGGAAUUUCAGCAACAAAUGGCUUAUCUAGAAAUCUGAGAGGGGUUGACUUGAAUGAAUUACCAUCUGAGCAAGUGAAAAGACUCCAAGAACGGCUGUGCGCACUGCAAAAAACAGUGGAGACAGGUCAACGUUUCUUCCCUAAUUGCUCCGAGGUUUUAGAUAGAUUACUAGAGGACGACUUGCUAGAUUCCUUAACGUUGGAAAGAGGCACCGCUGAAGAACAAAGAUUAAAGAAGAUGCGAUACACAGAACUCAAGGAUGAUGUUAUGAAGGCAUUCAACAAAGACAAAGCUGAAAAGUAUUGGGAAGGCUUCUCUGCAUCUUCCUCCUCCUCAUCGUCCCCAAAGACUAGAGUUAGCCACAAGAUUAGGAAGAACUUGUUUAAGGGCAGCCCGAUGCACUAAACUCACGUGAUGCGCGGGGUUCUAAAAAGGGCCGGACCACAAGGGUCUAUUGCACGCAGCCUUACCCUACAUUUCUGCAAGAGGCUGUUUCUACGGUUCGUACCUGUGGCCUCCUAGUCACAUGACAACAACAUUACUAGUUACGCCAAGGCUCCCCUUCUUUUGGUAUCUUUUACAAUUGUUUGUAAAGAAGAAAUUGUAUAAGUAACAUCUGCAUACAAUUUAGGUAAUCACAUUGUAGUAAGGUAUAAUGGUAUAUAGGGGAGGGGAUUGAUUGUGGGGGUGGGAGAAAGAGGAAUAAAAGUAGGUAAAGGAAUUAUUUUUGUUUCUUGUUUUCCUAUGUAACAUC